GCUAGAAUCUCCUGGCACGAAUAGAGUUUCGGUGUGACAUUUUAUUGAAAUCGCGGCGUAAUGUAUUAAUUCAUGACAUCAGCUGGUGUUGAGUUUCUUUUAAUGUAAGUAAUGUUUGACUGAAUUCUUUUUGCAGGAACAUCAAUUCUUAGAUAUCAUUAAAACAUUGAUUCAUCCUUUAUUCGUAUUUGUAAGAGUUUUCAACUGAAACACUACCCGAACUCUCACUUGAUGUCUUUAAAAGUUCAUUAUCCAAUCGGCGUCCUUUUAAAACUUGCCUGUGAGCGACAACUGCACUCAAGUCACGCCUCGAUGCCGUUCUCCUUAAAAAUUCAAUCAAGCAAGUGAAACCUUAGUUUCACCUGUCAGUCACUUACACUGGGUAGAAACAAAGCACAAAGAACUUUUAACAUUUCAGUGCGGGCAGACCGAUCAGUCGAAAACUCACUCGGAAUGCGUCUGUUUCGAUUGAGAUUUUAUUAAAUGGUAAAACAAUUCGAACAAAUAAUCUCGCAGUAAACGAAGGCUUGAUCGCAAAGUCUGACAAAACAGAUUGUUUGAAAACAAAGGAUUCAACAGGUUGAGCAGAAAAUUUGAAUUAAGUGCAGCCGAUGAAGAGUGAACGUUAAUCCAGUCCAAUAUCACUGUAAAAAUAGAACGCCAGUACGAGAUUCCUAAUUUGAAAAUAUCUUACUUCCUUUCAUUUCUCUUUGUCGUGUGGUAUCAGUAGCACAAUACAUUUUCUUCGGGGGGUUUACAAAACAAAACCAGCAGGUUUUCUAAUGGAGAAAACAUCGAAACAAUAACUAAAGACGUUAAUUACCCGCUGAAAAUAACAGAUUGUAUAACAAAGGCGACGAUUUUUCACAAUAACCAGAAACUGAAAUUUCUGUGACUUUUUUGUGGUUAAAUGGUGAUUCAACGGCAGUUUCGAGCAUAAUUUCAUUUCAUUUUUACGCGUUGUUCGCGCGCAAAUGAUUUAAAGCUGCCACGCGCGCUCGUGUUUCGUUAUGCAAAUCGCGCGAGCUUUUGUUGUUAAUGAAAAGUGACGUGUACAACUUUCACAAAACAGUAUUGUGUCAGCUGACGAACACGCAAUAAUACAACCGUAGCGCCGCUUUUCUUUAACGUCAAGAUUCAGAAAAACGACAGAGUCACAAUUUUUUAAUCUCGCGGCUGUUAGGGUAAACAGAAGUUGAAGCAAUUCGAGGAUGGGCUAUGGACUUAACCGAUUUGUCACACACGUGGAUCAAAAUUUACUCUGUAGUAUUUGCGCCGGUGUCUUAGAAGAAGCCGUUAUUACACCUUGUGGACACUCGUUCUGCGAUGAAUGCUUACAUAUCUGGCUGGACAGACCCAACACAACUUCGUGUCCCACUUGUCGUUCGGAGGUUUCGCCAUUCGAUGUUAUUCCGGUGUUAGCCCUCAGAGGGGUAGUGGAGGGCUUGGUGGUUCACUGUGAUAAUGAUGAACACGGAUGUAAAAUGGUUUUAAAACUGGAAAAACUCCGAGCGCAUGUACAAGUGUGCGAUUUCGGGUUGAUUGAAUGCGGUGCGUGUGGAAAAAGCGUGAAACGGUGCGAGCUACCAGACCACCAUGAAGAAUGCGAGGUAAUAAAAGACUUGGUUUCACGACACAAGAAGGUAAAAGAUCAAGAACUUUCUAUUGAUAACCUCACAAAACAGAUCGCGCUGUUGGAAGUGGAUUUAAAUAAGACUAAAACAGCCUUAAAAGAAUCCGAGGGGGACGUGCGUCGCGUGAAACGUGAAUUGAGGGAAUUACAAUUCCAGUUGGAAGUAAGAAUGGGCGAGGAACAGGAGUUCGACCCGGACUGGGAUCCAGAGUACAACUACGGUUAUUCUCCUUCAAGCAUCGCGCAGCUCGCAAGUCUGGUGUCGCGAUAUUUAUUGAACAAGCCUUACUACAUUGAUCGCAACCGCAUUUUUAACGCGGUGAAACGUUGUUAUGAUUACUAUCACGGUUAUGCUGGCUAUUCACAAGAUGUACAUAUGUUACUGGCCGCGAGUUACGCUAGUAACUGGUUUACCGACAAUCAAAGAUCUAACUUUGAUUCGUGGCUGCAAAAUCUGGCGCGAGAAAGGUUUUUGAUCUCCGGCUAGCCUGAAUGUCAAAGUUCCAAAUCAUAUUCGUCUCAACGAUUUCAGGCGGUAAAAUUUGCAUUUUUCGUGACUAAAAUUAAAACGAAUUUCUAUGUUCUAGUACGGUAUUUUAGGCCAAUGCAUUGCUGUAAUUGUACUAAUAUUUAUUGUUAGAAUUUGCGAUCGCUUUAAAUCCUACUCAAAGAAAAUGAUUAAUCGUUGUCAAGCUUAUAUCGUUACAAAUUAUUCAACUAAACGAUAUAGCGCUGUGGUCAUGGAUUGUUAAUAAUACGAAAUGAAGAGAAAUUGUCCCUAAAAGCAUGAUGCUUUUCUGUCUCCACAAUGCGAAAACAAAGGGAAAUAAAUGCGCGAUAUGUUUUGAAUGAAAAGAGAAUUUAAUUGCAGUCCUUACAAAUGAGGCAAAGGUGUUUUCCGCGUUGUCGGCCAUGAAAGACUCGGCUUCUUGAAAAAACAAACAACUUUAUACCCUGUGGCAUCAGUCUCUUGGAAACACUCGCAAAGUACUAAAAAAACAAGAGGAAAAAAGGAAAAAAAGAUAACAAAUGUUUAGUCCUUUCUUCGUCAUUUUUUAGCAUGCCGAGAAAAAUUUCCACGCAACGAGUUUUAAGAAAAAAAACUCACCCUGAAUUUGUCAUGGGUUUUUAUACUCAUAAUCACAGAAUUUCAUCUUAUCCCAAAUAAUUAAUAAUCUGAAUUACAAAAUACAUUCGCAGCUGUAAACUUGUCAGGAUUUCUAAAGAUCGCGAGAUAAAAAAAUAAUAAUAAUAAUAAUAAGCAAAAAAAAAAACGAAAAGAGAGUGAUUAGGUAAUUGUAUUUAAAAUACAAUAUGUGACAGCGCGCGUCGGUUUGAUGUUCCGUCCGGUUUUCAGCGACAUCGAAACCGGCUUUUAGGUCAAGCGAAAUUGUUUUUAAGGUUCAAAACAUUAUCGAACAAUAGCUUCUACAGAAACGGUCAGAAAAAACGCCGAAUAACAACCUCAUAUUGAAUAUUAAAGCUCGCUGAAAAAAUGUUAACUGGCUUGUGGC